GUAAUAUUUUUCUACGUAGUCUUUGUGUGUUUCGCUUUGGACUAUUUGUGGUCGAGUAUUGUGGGUAUUACUUAAAAACAUAUUUUUUUUUUGCAUAGCGGAAAUGGAUCCGCAAACUUCAAUCUCCAAAAUUGUAUAUCUUCUGAUAGUGGCUGCAGGCGCAACGACGUUUGAACCCAUCAAACGGACAUUGGCAAAUGAGUGUUCUACAGAACGAACCAAUUCAUCGAAUGCUACAUUUAUAUGGAGACAAAGCCAUCCUGGUUUGGACUUUGUUAUAUCAGAGCCAGAUGUUUGCUGGCAGAACAAUUCAAUUGUGGUGCGUCAAUGUGACGCGGAGGCCAACAAAACAUGGAAACCAGCUGUGGAGGAGUGUGAAACAUUUAGGAUAACAAAUUCAAAAUGUCCCGAAGACUUAACUGAGGAAUCUAUUAAUGGCAAAUCAAUGUGCCUAAAGAUAUCGGAAAAGCGGCAACGGUUUAAUGAGACUUACUGCUACGGCUCCAGCCACAUUCUGAAGUCUUACGACAAAGAGCUCUUGAGAAUUCUAUUGAGAAAAAAUAUCGAUCGAAUUUGGUUGCCGGUGAAACGAAUCGAGAACAGGGCCUUCAAUCCAUAUUUCAUUCGCUUGCCGGGCGUUAGAUGGAAUAAGCUGUACGAUGAAUUUACAUUUGGGCAACACAUUGCAUCCGCUGAUAAUCAUUGUGUGGGAGCCUAUCUUAGUCAGGUCCAAGAUGUGCCUCAAAUAAAAAUAGAGCCAACGAAUUGCAAUGACAAUCUCCAUGCGGUGUGUUUUUUCAGUUGCGAUGAGUUGGUAUCCAAAAAUGGGUGUCCACAAAACUUUGGAGCCCUGAGUUAUAGGCCCAACGAGUGCUACGGAAUGACUUGGGAAGGCCACAAAUUUCCCCAGGAUAUGCGUAUGCUAAGUGUUUCUGAGUAUUAUGAAAAACAAAAUGCAUUAAGAAUUGUAUUCGAGGAUCACAAAAUUCCCUUUGGCGAUAAUGUCGAGGUAAGGGGGACAAAGGAAGUACCAGGUGGCAGAUGGGCCAUUAAUAUGAGUAAAAAUCAAUUGUCUUUAAUUCCUGUGAAUCAGCGCAUUAGAAGCUUAUGUCUCGAGCAUGUACCUAUCAGAAAGGACGUUGAAAUGACAUUGCGAAUAGAGCAAGAGGAUGAUAUGUUAGUGCUAACAGUUUACAAUAAAUUUUAUAUUUGGUCCCUCAACUCAAAGGGCGACUUCACCAUAUAUUGCUUCGCCAUGGCUAACUACGGCGAAUUGUCAAAAGUUGAUCUUCAAAAAUUUUGGGAAAACGAAUCCCAGACCAAGACGAUGUACAAAUUGGAUAUAAAGUCCGAUAACCCCCGUCAGUACUGGUGUGAAGCUCAUACAAUUUUUGGUUUUACAGUGGUUAGGUCGGCCAGAAUUGUGACAGCCAGAAGAAAACGAGGCCACCAUUUUGCGUUUCACAUCGACUAUUCCCUAAAGAAAGCCAUUCUACCAAACCCCAUACGCAAAUAUAUAAAAUUGUUUACCAAUGACAUAGAAAAAAUGCUGAAAGCUCAGAGAACAAGUGACACCAAAUUCGACAACCUCCUAGUAGGAAAUGUACGAAUAAUGGAUAUUCUACAAGUGGAAAGCAGCCAGCUACAAUUUAUAUGCCAUGUAACCGUUUCCCUGAAAUCUUCAUUAGUUGAGUAUAGCUCUGAGUCUAGCCAAAGUUUUGAGGACGAAGAAAUUAUUCGUUCUGAGACACAAGUCAUAGUGUUGGAGAGAAAUUUGCUGAAGGAGCUUAUUUUAGGAAUGCAAUAUGGUUUGCCCCAAACGGUCAGAAGCACGGAGUACUGUGUUCCUGAACAUCAAUGGCCCAGGACAGCUGUUGGCCAAACAGCAACUCCAUCCACUUUUUGCUUGCAAAAAAAUGGGCUCCCGAUGUUUCGCAAGUGCUUGGGGCAAUUUAUUGAAGGCGCUUUUUGGGACAAUAGAUCAAGUGAUGCCUCUCAGUGCACUGCAAAGACGGAGCAUAUCAUUACAGAGGAUCUAUUCAACAUGGAUGUAAUGAAGUUUCCAAAGAAAAACCCGGAGAGAGCAGUUAAAAAAAUGAGAAAAAUUUUGGAACAUAAUUUAAAGGCCUUGAUUCCAGCCGAUGUGCACUAUCUUGCGAAGCUAAUUCGAAAAACCAUUAAGAACUUGGUAAAACACAGAUUCAGCAAUGGGGGUAAUCUCCAAAAUUAUCCUACCGCCACCUACGACACUAUCUGGCAGCAUUUGAAUGUGACAGAAAUCCUUUUGGAAAUGGAUCGAAUUUACAACUACUUGAUGAGGAUUGAUCGAAAAGUCUUGCAUUCGUCGUUGGUGCUUAACUCGACUAAUAUACUGCUAGACACUUUUGAAUAUAUGAUGGAUGUAAUAUCGGUGAAUGUUUUACAACCUGCGGAUAGUUUAGAUCCUCAGCAGAAGACCACAGUGAAAAUAGAUUUGGAUAGUGAUCAGGAAAUCGAUAUCAUAGAUCACAAGGCCUUUGGUGUGGUAACAAAGUCAACGAAUAAUUUUGUAAUAUUCGCUAUUAAUCCAAAAAUUGCCAAUGUUUCUGGGGUGGCACUCUUCCAAUCGGAUAUAGAUGAGGGAGAUGAGGAAGAUGACUCCGACAACGUGUAUAUGCUACGGGGAGCAUUCUCAAAAAUGCACUACAGAUUCCUUUUCGCCAAUCAGAGUGUCAGCGAUUUGCUAAACGAAGAAAACAUUAUUAUAGGAACGUUUGUACCAGAAACACUUUGGCGGCGUUUGAACGAAAUUUCCAGUUUCAGUAAUAGGAACAAGAGUCUUCCCGCACUUCGACCCGAGCCUUUGGUGGUUGUAAAAAUAUAUUCAAAUGACAAAUUUUUUCAGCAGACCGACGGACAGACUGAGAGCUCCAUACUAGGAAAGAUAAUAUCGAUAUCCAUACCAGGACAUGACAAUGAUCUUCCCGAGGUCCUUCCAUUAGUAUUGACCAAUACUGAUUAUGAGCUAGACAAUGAACCACAAUACUGCAGUUAUUGGAACUACAAAAAAUGGGCAAAAGAUGGUCUUAUAUUAUUACAGCGCUCCAAGCUCAAUAACAAUACCAUCUUAUGUGGUUGCACUCAUCUUACCCCGUUUGCAUACUUAGUCCAGGGCAGCUUCAACUUAUCUGUUGAUUCCCAAGUGGAAUUUGUUGUUACUAAAAUUCAUCAGAAUGCCCUCAAUAUCAUUACUUUACUCGGGUGUUCCUUGUCCGUAUUUGGUGUGAUUGGCAUUUUCGUCACGGCUUGCACUUUUCGCUCCUGGCGACAGAAGCCCAAUUCAAAGGUUUUGCUUCAACUAUCUGCAGCAAUUGCACUGCAGAUGAUUCUAUUCUGUUUUGUCAAUACAACGGAACAUGCCCACCACCUUAUUGCCAAUAAAAUAUUCCCGAGUUGUAUCGCUAUCGGAGCUCUUCUCCACUACUCGAUUCUUGUACAAUUCUGUUGGAUGAUAAUCAUAGCAUAUUUGCAGUUCAAGCGUUACGUUCAAGUUUUCGGGAAUACACGUCCUCAACGAUUCUUUAUUAAGUCAACUCUUCUGGGAUGGGGAAUGCCCACAAUUCCGGUGGCCUUAGUUCUCACGUUCGACAGCAACUCAUAUAUACCGCACGCCAACGAUUCAAACAAUCCCAUUUGUUAUCCCACCGGCAGGUCGCUUUACAUAGGCGUUGUAAUGCCCAUAUCACUUGUCAUCCUGACAAACUUAGGCAUAUUUGUGGUGGUUAUUUUCAAUAUAAUAAAAAGUCCUGCCGGAUCAAUACGACAUACCGAAAAGAGUUUUGCUCUUUCCCAAAUCAGACUUUUAGUGCUUUUGUUCUUUUUACUAGGUUUCACGUGGAUUUUUGGUCUAAUGACGGCAAUGGGCGCCGGCAUAGCGUUCUCCUACCUGUUUUGUCUAACGGCAACCCUUCAGGGCUUCAUUCUAUUCAUUUAUUUCAUACUUAUGGAUCCCACAACGAGGCGAAUGUGGUGUGGAUAUCUACGCAGGUGGUUUCACCUCAAGGACAUUUCGAACAACGCCUCCAUUAUGAAGGACACAACGCAAAGCUAUUAAUUAAUUUCGAGGUUCAUUUCUUCACACACAUCGACUUGGCCGUGUUAGGCUGACACUGG